AAAAUUUUAAUGAUUAUGCAGAACGAAAAGUGAAAAAUGAGUUUAAAUAUCUCAAAGAUUCCAUUAUAGAUCUGAGAUACGGAAUGCGUAUGUUCCAUAAAAAGCUAAAGAAUAUUGUUGAACAAUGUCAGUAUAUAUAUUUAGAUAAUUAUGAUUAUAAUAGUGAUACAUCUGAUUCAAAUUGUUCUGAUAUUUUACCUAAUGUUGUUUCA